GUCUUAACACCAAACACGUUUUUUUUUCAUUAUUGGACAAAUUAAAAUUGCAAGCAGACCCACUAUAGUAUUUGCUAUUAAUAAUUAUAAAUUUGUAUUUUUUAAUAUAAAAUAUAAAUUUAACAUGAAUAAUGAACAGAUUGGAUUUGAAUGGAAGGUUUCUAAUAAUUAUUUUAAUAAGAACAACUGCGAAUCUGACGAGUCGGAUGAAAGAGAGGAAUGUAAUGAACCUAAAAAGAAAAAAAAUAGAAAAUUAAACACUGCUCAAAAGAGGGAAGAGCAGAAACAAGAAGAGUUGAGAUUACGAAAAGCUGAAGAAGAGUUAAUAAAUAUUGAAACAAAUCCUCAAAAUGCUGAUCAUUUUGACAGACUUGUAUUAUCCAACCCAAAUAGUUCACUCAUUUGGAUAAAAUACAUGGCUUGUCAUUUACAAGCCACUGAAGUAGAGAAAGCUAGAGUUAUUGCUAAAAAAGCAUUAUCAAUAAUUGGUGCUAGAGAAGAACAAGAACGGUUAAAUAUCUGGACAGCACUUUUAAAUUUAGAAAAUUUAUAUGGAACUAAGGACUCAUUUAAACAAAUAAUGGAUGAAGCAUUGCGUUGUAAUGAUGAAUAUCAAAUAUAUACAAAAAUAUUGGAUUUAUUUGCCGAGUCAAAUAAAUUAAAGGAACUUGAAGAAAUUGUUACAAAAAUGAAUAGAAAGUUUCGAGAUUCUAUUGAUGCUUACCUACACUGUGCAUCUGUUUACUUUAAGUUGAAUAAAGCUGGAAAAGCUAGAUUUAUUCUACAAAAAGCAUUAUCACACCUUCCAAUUAAAUCUCAUGUAUCUAUGAUUAGUCGUUUUGCAUUAAUUGAAAAUAGUGAAGGAUCUUCGGAAGAGGCUCAAACUUUAUUUGAACAUAUUCUUACAUCUUAUCCAUCACGUAUUGAUGUAUGGAGCAUAUACAUAGAUAUGCUAGUCAAAUCAAACAAAAUUGACCUGGCUAGGCAUGCAUUAGAAAGAGCAACUAUUCAAAAACUUGCCCCAAAAAAAAUGAAAAGUUUGUUUAAUAAAUGGAUGAUGUUAGAAGAAAAACAUGGAAAUACCGAAUCCAUUGAAAAAGUUAAAGACAGUAUGAAUAAUUAUGUAAAUUUAGUGUUAAAAAAUAAAAAAUGAUUUAUUGAGUUAUUUCUGAUAAUCCAUGCUUAAAAACAAUAAACAUUUUGUAAUUUA